UUGGCCCUGCUUUGGACCUCACACCGCUUACCAAAGUUUCGACGUGUGUUUAAUAUCACCAUCCCACCCAUAACUCGGAUGCUAAGCUGGCUAGAUGCAAUCACGUGAAACAUUCACACACACCUUCAGCGCCAUGAUGAAAGUACAAGAACGAAACAUUACAACGACUGUUUGACAAGUUUAGCAUCGCCUGAGCUAUCGCUUUUUUGUGGUGAGAGGUGUCGUGGCUAUAUUCUAGUAGUCCAAAAUGAGUCGAAAUGAGCAGCAUCGCACUAGUGGAGGCAUCUAUGAAUGGGCUGCACAAAUAGAGAAUUGUCACUUCUGCGUUGAGAUCGUUUACUGUCAUGUUUUCGCUGCAUCAGCAAUUAACUCUUAGUUCAAACCAUUCUCACAUCACCCCAUAUCACCCCAUCAGACGCCGAGGUCCAACCGCCAUACAAACAUGCCUGCUACGUGUGACCAUUGCUCUGAACGCCAGGCAAUCGCAAAGGGCAUCAGUCAUCAUACCAGCUUCUGCAUCGAAUGAUCUUGCAGCUGCUUCGUCUAUUCGAGGACUUGUCUCCAAGUAUGCACAAUCGCAACUACGCCUGAAGAAGCCUACUACUGUCUUUGUCGGGGGUACUGGACAAGAAGUAUUGACAGAGGCAGACUGGAAGACCAAUGUCAAGAGCGAUGUCAUAUUGCUCAUCUCAGCGGGAGAAGAACAUAUUGGUGCUAACAAAGAACCAAACGGGCAUGGUAAGUAACAUAAAGUUUGAGCAAGUUUGCGCUUAAUACUCGCACUUCCCACCUCGGUGUAACCAUCAGUCACCGACCCCCUACCUAGAUAUAACAGCAGGCGUAAACCCAUAAUGUCCAGUUGAAGCUCUAGCUCUAGCCUCCAAAGCACCCGCCGAUUCGCUCUCUGUGUCUCGGCUUACUACUACUGCCCAUACACUUCCAGGUAUCGUCCACGCUGUCGGCCAACCUGAUCUCCACCUGGCACCAAGUUUCCCAUUAGCACCGUCUUUGCUUCGAAGAGAUGGAUCCGUCAUCCUCUGAUCGGUGGCAAGAUUGGGUGCAG